UAUAGUUAGCAAAUCUUGUUAUUGCUCAUGGUAUUACCCAAUGUUUUAGUAAGUCUCUUGCUGUGUUAAUUUACUUUGUGAUGUCCUGCUAGUUUACAGUCAAAGUAGUUGCCAGGUGAAGCUGAAAACUAUUAUUUCUUAUUCCUAUGCUGACUAAUUAGUCUUUUGUUUCCUUGUAUCAGAAAGUCACAGACGCAGUGAGUUUAAAGCUAAUCAAUUACUAUACAUGUAUUGCAUGAAAUCAAACUGAAACGGCAUUUAGCAUGCUCACUUUCUGAUGUAGCAAUAGCUCUGAGCUUGUAGAGCUCCCAUUAGCUUAAAGGCAGAGCACUGCAUGGGCUUAUACAAAUUUAAAGCAAAUUAAUUAGCAUUUUCUCUAAACAAAUACCAGCAAUAGUUAAAUUGGACAUUUCAGGGCUUGACCAUGCAGAACUCCUACUGAAGUCAAUGGGAAAUGGGCACUUGGUCCCUCCACAAGCGUGGUCUGAUUCACUGUUUUGUGGAAACUUUGGACUUGCUAUUCCAUUAAUUGACUUUCUCUUUGUCUUUGUAUUUACUUUCCCAGAUGUUCCAGCCUAUCAUUUUGCUUAUUCUCAUCCUUGUAUUAUUUUCAUCCCUUUCAUACACAACAAUAUUUAAACUUGUCUUCCUUUUUACAUUGUUUUUUGUACUGUAAACCAUUCAUCAUUUACUGUUCAUUGUAGUAUUAUUUUCAGUUUGUUUAUUUUGUCCACCCUCCAAGAUAAGAAGUGCAAGAGACAUAGUUUCUGUAAUAGCCACUGCUGUAAAAACACUGAAGACUACUUGUUUGCCAAAAACAAAACGAAACCAAAAAAACUGCAUAAAAACAUACCAAAAAGUCACCCAGUUGAAUAGGAAUCUGCUCACCACAGUGUUCCAGAUCAAGAUUCGCAGAACUGGAUCCCAGCUAGCUGUGCAUUUCAUUGCUUUCACUGCUGUUUAGAAAUGGACUGAAAAACUUCUAAAGGAUUUCUCAUUCCAUGAAAGGAAACAUUCAGGGAAGAAAGAAAAAAAGCAGAGCUAUCUUCUUGCUGUUACACAGACUGUAACCAUGGACCUGAGUAAACAACUGGAGAAUACUGAAAGGAACUGGAAUAAAGAGAAGAUGGAAUUGCUGGAGAGAUUUGACAAUGAAAGGAAAGAAUGGGAAUGUCAAUGGAAGGUCAUGCAGAAGAAAAUAGAAGAGCUUUACCAGGAGGUAAAACUUAGAAGGGAGAGCAAUAUGAAUGUCCAUGAUAAUAAGGCCAUUCAGAGCAAGAUGCUGCAGCUGUCCGUGCAUUCCCCUACUUCAGAAGAGAGUGACACAGUGGAGCUGAACUAUCAACAAAAUGUGGCAAAUGACAGGAUGGAAAAAGGAAGUUUGCUCAGUAAAACAGGACAUGAAUGUAAAGAAACCAGAGCCAAGAGCAGAAACAAUACUCUGUUAAUGGACAAUCUGGCCUUUGAGAACCGUGAGGAACAUGAAGACAGCCUCAGCAUCAAAACUUCCAAGAAAAAUGCCAAGAAUUAUAUUGGCGAUCUCAAUGUAGCUCUUAAAGAACUUGCCAGAGUCAGUGAAGAAUUAUGCAGCUAUCAAGAGGAAAUUCGAAAGAAGUCCAACCACAGAAGAAUGAAGUCACUUCCUUUCCUGGGGGAAUUUGAGGAAACCCAAAACACAGUUAUUCUGCCGGAGAUGAACCAUGUGUCCAGCAAUGAAUCACAGACUUCAGUUACUUUUGAAACAGAGGAACAUAAUAAUAGGAAGAAUCUGGUGAGCUCCACCAUGGCUGUGAAGGACACGUCUUACGGUGGUCUUAUUGGUGACAGAGGGACAGACUUCAGACCUUGGCAAAAGAAAGAAGCUCCACCAGUUCCUCCACGGAGCACUUCUCGGCACCUAACAAACUCACUUUCUGCAGUUGUACAGCUUUCUGAAGCACCAAUAAGAGAUCCAGGCAUCAAAAGCAAUUGCAAGGCUCAGGACUGCAGGAGUGGAAGGAAACCGAUGAAUCCUUCACCUAUAAACCAGAACGAAACUGCAGCAGGCUGUGCAAAUGAAGGGCAGGCUGCAAGAGGUCCUGUGAUGGUAACUGCUGCAACACCUGUAACCAAAAAUGAGUGCAAUGUACCAACAAGUUUCUGCCACAACACAUGGGCAUAUGAUGUGGGCAAACUUGGAAGAGACAAUAAAAGUGAACCUUCCCCACUGUCAGCCCAAAAGAGUUGCUCAGAUGGAAAUAUGGCCCAAAGCAACAACAUGCACCAGAAACAAAAUUCCAAGUCUCACAGCAGCCCUUAUUACAGUAAUGACUUUUAUGCCCCUGCUACGCUGCACAAUGAUCUUUUCGAAGACUCUAGGUAUACUUCGGGAAAGACCCAAAGAAAUGAAACUUUAGCAGCAAAGAUCGAUGAGUUUAACCGGACUGUAUUUCACACAGAUAAACGUAACAAUGCUUUUCAAGAAAACCAGGUGCCUCGAACAUCAUCAGAAGAUCACAAGCCCUGCAGCCCGCUGUGUGAGUCUGCUAUUAGCAGGACAGAAACUGCAAAUACGUCUUGUGUUUCAAAUCCCAAAUUCUCUGCAGCAAAGGAGCAAGAAACUAGCAACCCCGGCAAAGCUGUCAGAACGGCAGGGCAACAAAAGCAAAUAAAUGGGCUUCCAAAUACUGGUGGUUAUAGGCACAUGCUUCACGAGCAUGACUGGAGACCAAGUAAUUUAUCCGGUCGCCCGCGCUCAGCUGACUCAAGGUCGAACUAUGGUGUUGUUGAAAAGCUUUUGAAAAACUAUGAAAAAUCAACAGUGAGUUCUCCGGGUAAUGCAAAGUGCUGCAAAGAUAAGUGGACACGGGCAAAUUCUGAAUUCACCGAUGGGGGUUGUGAGACAUUGAGUCAGUAUUUAGAAAUGCUCCAGAUUGAGCAAGGAAAGCAAGAAUUUCCGAGGAAUUCAGCCAGGCAUAUUGGGCAGCAAUUCAAGCAAGGAAAAGAGAGACAGAAGUUACCAGAGAUAUCUGUGCCAGCUAAAUGUUCAAGUGGGAAGGGUUUCUCGCGGCCUGCUCGGCCAGCAAAUCGACGCUUACCUUCCAGAUGGGCAUCCAGAUCACCGUCAGCACCUCCUGCUGUGAGAAGAACGGCGUACAACUGCUCUGUUUCCUUUCGGUCAGAGACCUCAGUAGUCUGAACCCAGAGCUGGGUUGGAUGGCAUUGUGAAAGCUCUAUGCUUCGUUAUAACUGUGUUCGGUAUGUGUUAUAGCAACCAGUUCUACACUGUUGUAUCUUGUCCAAAAGUGACCCCACCACCUGCCGGACAAAGCAUUUUGAAUCUUAGGUCAUCGUCACCAUGGUCUUCAGUGUUUUUAUUGACAUGAAAUUACUAUACCCUUGGUUUUCUCUUUUUUUUUUGGUAAUAGCUCACAAAGAAUUUCUUUUGAAUGGCAUCUUCCUUAAUUUGCCAAUCAAUUUUGAGUUGAAACAAUGUAUAGUGCUGUAUAUUCUGACUCUUCUGCAAACAGCAGAACGUAAAGCUGUAUGCAUGAUCAUGUGUUCGUAGGUGCAUGUGUUGGACUAGGAAGUAUACAGGUCUGUAUUUAGAAGAGACAAACUGUGCUAGUGUUGACAUUGAAAUUACAACCUAUAUGCCUACAUA